AUGUCUUUCAGGCCUGCACUGCUCCGCUCUCGGGCUUCAAAUAUCAAGACUGAAACAUGCGUCUUCUGUCAAUCUCGCCAGUUCCUCGCGUCUCUCCGCCGAAAUCCAUUUCCUCUCUCCGGGAAUGGACGACGGGUACCAUGGGCGCAGCCUCAAAGGCGGCCAUAUGCUCAACCGGCCCCCGGUCCGCGUGUAAGUCGCGAACAGCUUGUUAGACAACGCACCGAAAUAGAUACCAGAAACCGGGCUACCUUCUUCGCCCUUGCCCGCGCCGAACAGGUGCUUCCCGUAGACCCCGAGGUUGCAGAUUCGAUAAUCGCCGAAUUUCUUGCAUCAAUUUCGUCAAAGAAGGACUCGGGAGACACCAUCGUCGAGUUGGCUAGCAAGUACCGAGUCGAGAUACGCGACCUCAGCACACUUGCUAUAUUGACAUGCCGAAUACCUGACGCAAAGGAGGCUCCCGUUUGGGCCCCUCCGAGUGAACACAAGAACAUUGCCCGUGUAAUGCUCUUGGGCUGCUCCAAAGCUGGUGAUUCGCUGGCUACUACACAUAUCCUCUCCGCACUCCGGCUCAGGCACUCCGUCCCCGCCGCCCUCGCAAUCUCGAGUAUCUUCUCUGCCACCGACAUUCGGCGAUGCCGCAAUGACCUCGCGGCUCUUGUUCUCAAAGGCAAUCCAGACGCCAUGACACUAGAGGGACUUUUCCUAGAACAGGAGGGCAAGACGAGCCAGGCAAGAGAUAUGUACGAGAAGGCAUUGACUUUAGCCGACACAAAAGAAGGUCUUAAAAACCAUCAAACCAAGCAAGAUUCCAACAAUCUGGCAAUGCCAUUAAUCCCCCCUUGGAAUGCAUUAGGAUGUUCCCUCAUCGCCGACAACUCUCCCGAGUCACAGAAGAGAGCCAAGGAGGUCUUCGAAGUUGGUGCUCUGGAGGCUGAUGACCCUCUUUCUCACUACCAUCUCGCAUCCUUCUAUGAGAAGACGACGAGCCAAUGGCUUAAAUUUAUGAACAAAGCAGCCGCUUCGGGUCACGUGGACGCUAUGUACCAAGUGGCUAACUUCUACCUCCAAGUCAGGAACGAGAAAUCGACCCUAAAAUCCUUGAUUUCUAAAGAUUCGGACAUUUCCACGGCCCUAAGAUGGGUGACCUCCUGGAAGCGAGACAGCCCUCGAAAACUCGCUAUGGAAUGGCUUGACAUUGCCGCUAGGAAGGGUCACAAGCCCUCAAGCAUGACGUUCGCAAAACUGGCCGAAGAGGACGGAGACUUCGAAAAGGCUUUGACACGCUACUAUGAAGUAGCGGCACCGCCACCGAAAGGACAAAUAGAAGAAUGGUCCAAGCUCGUUCCAGAGGCUCGGGCUCGGAUACAAGCGCUUGAACGCCGAUAA